AUGAGCCAAUCAGGUUGUGUGUCUAUGUGUCCCUACUCCUGUUUCGCCUGUCCCACCAUCAUCACCCACCCCCAGCAGUGUCCCCUCCCUGUCCCACCCCACCCCCAGCACAGUGUCCCCUCCCUGUCCCACCCCACCCCCAGCAGUGUCCCCUCCCUGUCCCACCCCACCCCCCCAGCAGUGUCCCCAGAAUCCCCUGUCCCACCCCACCACCCCAGCAGUGUCCUCUCACUGUCCCACUCCAGGCCCCAGGCAGUGUCCCCUCCCUGUCCCUCUCCAGGCCCCCAGCAGUGUCCUCUCACUGUCUCAGUCCAGGCCCCCAGCAGUGUCCUCUCACUGUCUCACUCCAAGCCCCCAGCAGUGUCUCCUCCUUGUCCCACCCCAGGCCCCCAGCAGUGUCCUCUCACUGUCCCACUCCAGGCCCACAGACAGCAGUGUCCCUCCUUGUCCCACACCUGGCCCACAAACAGCAGUGUCCCUCCCUGUCCCACCCCAGGCCCCCAGCAGUGUCCUCUCACUCUCCUCAGGCCCACAGACUGCAGUGUCCUCUCACUGUCCCACCCCAGGUCCACAGACAGUGUCCCUCCUUGUCCAACCCCAGGCCCCCAGAAGUGUCCUCUCACUGUCCCACCCCAGGCCCACAGACAGCAGUGUCCCCUCCCUGUCCCACCCCACCCCCCCAGCAGUGUCCCCUCCCUGUCCCACCCCACCCCCCAGCAGUGUCCCCUCCCUGUCCCACCCACCCCCCAGCAGUGUCCCCUCCCUGUCCCACCCCACCCCCAGCAGUGUCCUCUCACUGUCCCACUCCAGGCCCCCAGCAGUGUCCCCUCCCUGUCCCUCUCAGGCCCCCAGCAGUGUCCUCUCACUGUCUCACUCCAGGCCCCCAGCAGUGUCCUCUCACUGUCUCACUCCAAGCCCCCAGCAGUGUCUCCUCCUUGUCCCACCCCAGGCCCCCAGCAGUGUCCUCUCACUGUCCCACUCCAGGCCCACAGACAGCAGUGUCCCCUCCUUGUCCCACCCCUGGCCCACAAACAGCAGUGUCCCCUCCCUGUCCCACCCCAGGCCCCCAGCAGUGUCCUCUCACUCUCCCACACCAGGCCCACAGACAGCAGUGUCCUCUCACUGUCCCACCCCAGGCCCACAGACAGCAGUGUCCCCUCCUUGUCCAACCCCAGGCCCCCAGAAGUGUCCUCUCACUGUCCCACCCCAGGCCCACAGACAGCAGUGUCCCUUCCUUGUCCAACCACAGAACCCCUGCAGUGUCCUCUCACUGUCCCACCCCAGGCCCACAGACAGCAGUGUCCCCUCCUUGUCCCACCCCAGAACCCCAGCAGUGUCCUCUCACUGUCCCACCCCAGGCCCACAGACAGCAGUGUCCCCUCCUUGUCCCACCCCAGAACCCCAGCAGUGUCCUCUCACUGUCCCACCCCAGGCCCACAGACAGCAGUGUCCCCUCCUUGUCCCACCCCAGAACCCCUGCAGUGUCCCCUCCCUGUUUCUGAAACAUCACAGCACAGUUGA